AAAAUUUGCAAAUCUAAGCGCAGCGCCAUGAGCAAUGCUGCAAUUGUUUAAAUUAAAUAUAUAAAUAAAGCGCAUAUAAGUUGUUUAAAAGCAUAGUGUAACAUAUAGAGAGCAACUAACAAAACAAAAUUUCGGCGCCAAUUUUGCGGCAUUUUUUUGCACACACAAAAAUUUGCAAAUUAAGCAAAUAUAAUGAAUUACUCAAGAGGAAAUUGCUCGCCAUAUCAAACGCCCACUGUGCGCAGCCCCAAGCCGCAAGAGUCGUCGCGCCUUAAUGUACGCGAGAGUCUUGAAAUAAGACGCCGCCGUGCCGAGGCAAGAAAUUACUUAAAAUGGGGAUUUAUUAACAUAGUACUGCUGACUCUGCUGAUGAUAGAUCGCUGGCAAACUUGUGACAUGGAGCGCGUAAUAUUUACUGUGGAGUGGUUUUGGUUUCAUGCAGAGACUGCAGGAAUUUUGAUAAACUCACUGAGCUGCUUGGCUUGCUUUGGCAAAUAUCUAUGCUGGCUGAUGGGCAGCAGCCAAGUGUGUGUAACAGAAAUGCAGCGUUGUUUGCUAGAUGAAAUGAAUGAAAACUCUUUUAAGACAAUUAAAAAGUCACAGCAGCCACGCAGCUUUGAAGCUGACUCUGAUGUGGACGACUCUGUGCCCAUAAUCAACUGGCAUUCUUCGUUUGAGGACAGUCGCUGGGGCAACAAGUCCUCACGCCGCAGUCCCAGUCCGCUGCGCACACCGCAGCAACAGCAGCAGCAGCAGCAACAACAGUCACAGUUUGUUAAUCAAUCAUUAAACAACAAUUCGAUGAACGCCAGCAAUCUGAGCGAAGAGUCUGCGUAUAUGUCGCCCUAUGCUGAGGUGUGCCGCGAAGACUUUCCCACCGAUGUGCGACAGCUGCCUGCGCUGCUUAAGCGCGCUGAACGCGAACGCGAGCGUAGCUAUGCCGAACUGCAGGACAGCAACAAUAUGCAGCACAUGGCCUCGGCCAAUUCAUUCUGGAACUAUUGUAAUAAUGCAGCGCAUAUGCUAAAGCGCACAAUGUAUCAACUGGCACCAGCGCCUGUGAUUUCAACAGAGAAUGCACCCACUUCCAUAGAAGACUUUGGCGGCGUGCUCUACAAGGAUGGCAACUCGGAGGUUAUUAAGCGCAUUUCCACUGUUAAACUCUCGCAGUAUUUAAGCAAUUUGCGUUAUUGGAUUUCGUCUACCAUACUGCAGCGUUUGGUUAAGCAAAUCGCACAGCUCGAUGAAGUGUUUCGCCAGCGCGGCUUGAGCGACUUGAAAAUAGGCGCUGUAGGCUUGGAGCGCUUACGCAAGCUGGCCGAGAAUCAGCAGUUCGUGCAGAGCUGUGCGCCCACAUUGCCGUUGCUGCUGCCUUUUCUGGACACUUUUAGCAAUCAGGAGUAUUUGGUGCAACGCAUUAAGGAACUGGCACAGGGCAGCUGCAUAGGCGACUAUCGUUGGAACUCGGGCAAGACGCAUAAUGGCGAAAAGUGGGGUGAACAUUUGCCCACAGAUACAGCUAUACUUUUUCAUAUCUUCUGCGCCUAUCUGGACAGUCAGCUGCUGCCGCUGCCACAAGGCGGCGGACGUCCCUUUCACUCACGCUAUGUUAUUCAGCGCGAGGAGAAGCGCACCACCAAGGACAUUAUUAGCGCCGUCAACAACAAAGCGCACUGCGGCAUACUCGUCAGCAAUCAUCAGUUGAAGCCCAAGUUUAACUUUAUAAGCGACAAGGAGCUGCACAAUUGCGCAUAUGAUCGCAACAAUUUGUUCUAUGUCAUUAUACAAUUUCUCAUCUAUAUGCGCGCUCAGCAGGACUCUUCGCUGGAGAGCGUUAAUCUGGGCAAGAGCGGCAUCAAUCUGAUGUGCGUCAUCGAAGACUGACAGCCCAACUUAAUUUAGACUCCGACUUGUCUUAAUGUAGUCAACGGAACACACAAACCUAUUAAAUU